AGGCCGCGCUGGCCGGGCCGGGGGAGGGACAGCAGCAGGUGACGCCGGCCGGCCGCGGGGCUAUAAAUAGGGUCGCGCGUCAGCGGCGGGAGCGGCGGCCGGGGCGCGGGCCGGAGAGCGGGCAGGGGCCGGCGGCAACAUGGGGUCGCGGAGGGCCCCCGGCCAGGGCUGGGGCUCGGGCGGACGGGCCGGGGCGGGGGGCGACGGCGAGGACGACGGGCCGGUGUGGACCCCCAGCCCGGCCAGCCGCAGCUACCUGCUCAGCUUGCGGCCCGCCAUCAGCUUAUCAAGCAACCGGUUGUCUCACCCCAGCUCUGGAAGGAGCACCUUCUGCUCCAUCAUUGCACAGCUAACAGAGGAGACCCAGCCACUAUUCGAGACCACGCUCAAGUCCCGGGCUGUGUCCGAGGACAGCGACGUCAGGUUCACCUGCAUCGUCACAGGAUACCCGGAGCCAGAGGUGACCUGGUACAAGGACGACACAGAGCUGGACCGUUACUGUGGCUUGCCAAAAUACGAGAUCACUCAUCAGGGCAACCGCCACACACUGCAGCUCUACAGGUGUCAAGAAGAAGAUGCCGCCAUCUACCAGGCCUCUGCCCGGAACACCAAGGGCAUUGUGUCCUGCUCUGGGGUCCUGGAGGUGGGCACCAUGACUGAGUACAAGAUCCACCAGCGGUGGUUCGCCAAGCUGAAGCGCAAGGCUGCGGCAAAGAUGCGUGAGAUUGAGCAGAGCUGGAAGCACGGGAAGGAGGCUGUGGGAGAGGCAGACACUCUGCGCAAGCUCAGCCCUGACCGCUUCCAGCGAAAGCGGCGGCUGAAUGGGGCUGAGGUGCCAGUGCCCUCGGCCCCUACCAGGGAGGCUGAGGACGGGACCCUGGUGGCUUGGCAGGGGGGAGAGACUGAGCCUGGUCAGCAUCCAGGUUUGGGCCUGAUCAACAGUUUUGCUCCUGGAGAGGUGACCACCAACGGGGAGGCUGUCCCAGAGAAUGGGGAGGAUGGAGAGCGUGGCCUGUUGACAUACAUCUGUGAGGCCAUGGAGCUGGGGCCUCAGAGAGCCCCCAAAAAGGAGUCUCGGGCCAAGAAGAAAAAGAAAGAUGAGGAACCUAAGCAAGGUCUAUGGAAGCCAGAGUUAGAGAAUGCAGCUCGAAGCCACCAUUCUUCUGAAAACCGUGUCCCCAGUUCAAACAAGCCUGACUCCUGUGGGACACACAGGCCGAUGGACAUGGAGCAGGUUCAGACCCAGCCCAGAGGCAGGGCUGCACGGGGGCCUAGGUCCUCUGGAGUUGGUAACACCAGGAAGCCAGCCUCUGCUGUGGGCACUCAAGACCAGGCCCAGAAUGCCCCCGCCCCUGUCCCAGGCCCAGACCAGGAAAUGUAUUUCUCCCUGAAGGAUUUGUACCUGGAGAGUACCCUGGCAGUCAGGCCUCAGAGGGAGGAGGGGUCCCAGACCCCAAGUGGCAGGGCACCUGGGGAGAUGCCCUCAAGAAAGGUACCCAGCGAGGCUAAAAGUGAGAGGGGGCCUGCUGCCCCUGGCCAGCCCACGCCCUCAGCCUCUCAGCCGAGUAGGCCUUUCAACAGGAAGAGAUUUGCCCCUCCGAAGCCCAAAGGGGAGCCCACCACCAACAGCAAGCCUGAUUCUUCCCUGAGUCAAGCUUCAGAACCUGGGGCCCAGAGCUUAGGGAAGGCCCCGCCUCAAUCCUCUGCCCAAGUGCCCACACCCCCUGCCCGGCGGAGACAUGGCACCCAGGACAGCCCCCUGCAGGGGCGAGCCAGCCAUAGAACUCCAGGAGAGGUCCUGGAGUCCCAGGCAACCGUGGCUCCUACCACACCAGGCAGCAACAGCGCCGAGAUAGUCUCUGCUGGUUGCAGCUCCUCCAGAAGUGAGGGCGUCAUUGAGCCCAUGGAUACAGAAACCCAGGAGGACAGGAGAACAUCCACCAACCAGAAAACUGGAGGCAAGAAGAAUACAGAGGCUGAUGGGAAGAUGCAGGUGGAUGGGAGGACACAGGGAGACAGAACACAAAAAGCCCAGAGGACACAGGCAGAUAGGAAGACACAGGUUGACGUUGUGACGCGAGAACAUGAGAGGCCAGAGUCAGACAGGAGUUCCCAGGAAAAUGUGGUGGCACAGGGAAGGGUGGAGGUGCAGGCAGAUGAGAGGACACAGGAAGAUGGAAGGAUACAGGAAGACAAGGGGGAACAGUCAGAGGGGAGCAUACCCACAGCCCUGAAAGGUCAGUCAGAUGAGUCCAGGACCAGCCACAGCCCGCGAUUCAGAGCCACUGCACUCCCUUCAGAGGGUCCAAGGGCUCCUCAGAUUAUUGAAUGUUUGGAGCAGACCCCAGAAGGGUCCUCUGUCCCAGAAAAACCUGGUUUCAUGCCCAGAUCUGAGGAGGCAGCAGUAACAACCUCUGGGAACCAUGAGAAAACAGUGGUGGGUCCCCUGGCAGGAGGCCUCACGCUCCCGGCACAGCUGGCUCCUGAGGGUAGUUUGGAGCCGAUGGGAGGAGAGAGAUGUCAAGGGGUGGAACGGUCAGGUCCAGUCAAGGACAAGGCAGAGGAUGGCCUCUUCCAGUGCCCCCAGGAGGAGCAACCGGGGGAAGUGCUGUCUGUGGAUCUGGGUGGCUGUCCUCCUGCGGGCCUGAGCCCAGAGGUGCCCCCUCUGCCCUCUCUUCCUGAGACUGGCCUGACCAACAGCUCACGGGAGGGGCUGCCCAGCAUCCCGACUUCCCAGCACCUGAGUGCAGCUGCCUUCUUGCCCUCUGGGGACCAGGCUUUGCUGAGUUCUGCACCCCCGCUGCACCUGGGGCACGGGACCCCCACCCAGAGUCACCCCCCAGAAACCAUGGCAGCCAGCAGUGAGGGGGCCUGUGCCAACGUGCCAGAUGUGGAAGGGAGGACCCCAGGCCCCCAGAGCUGUGACCCUGGCCUCAUAGAUUCCCUGAAGAACUACUUGCUUCUGCUGCUAAAGCUGUCCAGCACACAGACGAGUGGAGGGGGCACAGAGCCCCAGGGGGGAGCUGCCACUGGGGGUCCAGCGCCCUCGUCCGCUCUGGUCCCCACCGUGGAAGUGGCCGGUCUGAGUCCCCGGACGUCAAGGCGCAUCCUGGAGCGCGUGGAGAACAACCAUCUGGUGCAGAGUGCGCAGACCCUGCUGCUGAGCCCCUGUACCUCCCGCCGCCUCACCGGCCUCCUAGACCGUGAGGUGCAGGCUGGCCGUCAGGCCCUGGCUGCUGCCCGGGGCCCUGGCCCCAGUCCCCUCACUGUCCCUGCCAUUGUGGUAGGCGAGGAGGAGGGCCCUGGGCUGGCCUCAGAAGGCUCCAGUGAAGGCGAGGGAGUGGCUUCGCUUGAGAGGCCUGGCCUCCUGGGGACCUCCCAGGAGAGCAGCAUGGGUGGUUUGCAGGGGGAGGCAGGUGGGCAGGCAGCCUCUGGGCAGGGACCUCUCUCAGCAGAGAGCAGAGUCCUGGAACCCUUCCAGGAAGAGGAGGUCCCAGGGGAGGCUCUGACAAGUCUCCCUGCAGCUACCCCUGAGGAACUGGCUCUAGGGGCCCGGAGGAAGAGAUAUCUCCCUAAGGUCAGAGCAGCAGGAGAUGAGGAGGCAACUAAGCCUGAAGAAAGGGAGAGCCCCACAGUUUCCCCCCGGGGGCCCAGGAAAGGCCUCGCACCUGGGUCCCCGGGGACUCCAGGGUGGGAGAAGCGCUCCCCUACCCAGGGCAGAAAGGCAGGCAUGUUAGAGGUGCCACAGGCAGAGGAGGAGCCUGCAGCAGGAGACCUGGGCUCCAGCCCCAAGGCCAGCGGUCUGGACGCAGAGCUGGCCCUGGAUGAAGGCAAGCAAGAUACUCCGGCCAAGCCAAGGAAAGCCAAAGACCUGCUCAAAGCCCCACAGGUGAUCCGGAAGAUUCGGGUGGAGCAGUUUCCUGAUGCCUCUGGCAGCCUGAAGCUCUGGUGCCAGUUUUUCAACAUUCUUAGUGACUCAGUCUUGACAUGGGCCAAGGAUCAGCACCCAGUGGGCGAGGUGGGCAGGAGUGCAGGGGAUGAGGGGCCGGCAGCCUUGGCCAUUGUGCAGGCAUCCCCCAUAGACUGCGGCGUGUAUCGAUGUACCAUCCACAACGAGCAUGGCUCGGCCUCCACUGACUUCUGCCUCAGCCCCGAGGUGUUGUCAGGAUUCAUCUCCAGAGAAGAAGGUGAAGUUGGAGAAGAGAUUGAGAUGACCCCCAUGGUGUUUGCUAAGGGUCUGGCUGACUCUGGCUGCUGGGGGGACAAGCUCUUUGGGCGCCUGGUGAGUGAGGAGCUACAAGGGGGUGGACAUGGGUUUGGCCUUCGGAAGGCCUCCCAGGCCAAGGUCAUCUACGGGCUGGAACCCAUCUUCGAGUCAGGCCGCACAUGCAUCAUCAAGGUGUCCAGCCUGCUUAUGUUUGGACCCAGCAGUGAGACUUCUCUCCUGGGCAGAAACUACGACGUCACCAUUCAGGGGUGCAAGAUCCAGAACAUGAGUCGGGAGUACUGCAAAAUCUUUGCGGCUGAAGCCCGGGCUGCGCCUGGCUUUGGAGAAGUGCCUGAGAUCAUCCCACUGUAUCUGAUCUACCGGCCUGCAAACAAUAUCCCAUAUGCCACCCUGGAGGAGGACCUGGGCAAGCCCCUGGAGUCUUACUGUUCCCGGGAAUGGGGCUGUGCUGCGGUUCCAGCAGCAUCUAGCAGCUCUGAGGCCAUGCAGAAAUGCCAGACCUUCCAGCACUGGCUGUACCUGUGGACAAAUGGCAGCUUCCUUGUCACAGAUUUGGCAGGCGUUGACUGGAAGAUGACUGAUGUGCAGAUUGCUACCAAACUGCGAGGAUACCAAGGCCUCAAGGAGAGCUGUUUCCCUGCCCUGCUGGACCAGUUUGCCUCCUCCCACCAGUGCAACACCUUCUGUGAGAUGCUGGGGCUAAAACCCCUCAAGGGCCCUGAGGCUGCCCACCCCCAAGCCAAGGCCAAAGGUUCCAAGAGUCCAUCUGCCAGCAGGAGGGGUCCCCAGCUGAGUCCUCAGCCCCAGAAGAAAGGCCUCCCCAGUCCCCAGGGCACCCGGAAGAAUGCCCCAAGCUCCAAGGCCACCCCUCAGGCCUCAGAGGCAGUUGCUACCCAAUUAUUGGGACAGCCUCCCAUCCAGGAGAGGGGCUCCAAGGCCCAGGGCAUGCGGUAGCCCCCACAGGAGGCUGGGGGCCUCCACCCAGCAGUAGACCAACAAGGAAGCAGUUGGAACCAAUGGAGAUUUUCCCAAUACGGAACUAACCAGAGAAGGUGCACUGAAGAGGUACCACUGGGGGCCUCACUGAGCAGCCUCUCCUCAGUCAGCUCCUCGUCAGACGGCUUUGGGGCGUGGGACACAGCCCAGUGGCCUCUCCUGGUGCCAUCAUCACCCAGGGCUCCCAGGGCCCACCUCGAAGUGCCUGGCGGCCUACGCCCUCUUUGAAGUUUACACUGGCCACUGCUGGAGGCUCCCCUGAGUCCUCUACAUGAGUUUUGCACCCCAACCCCUUGCCCCAGCCAAACCCUGCCAUGAAUGUUGUACUCUGGGGGCAUGCAGGCCAGCAGUUACCCUCUUCCAUCUGUUUGGCCCUGAUCUCUCCCUGUCUUCAGGGCUCCAGACUUCCUCUGCUAUGUCUGGCCUGGUGACUCUCAGGGUAUCUUCUCCUUCCAGCUACUUUGCCUCGUCCAUCCCAGCUUAUCCUGUAACUAAUCUGCCUCUGAGCCCAGAUGGUGCUCAGGGCCCUUCCAGGCCUGUCAUCCUUGUGCAGUGGUCUUUGGCGAUGUGUGUUCAUGCUCUUCCUUCCCCCAUCACUCAGGCACUCACUCACCUGCUUCCCAUGCUCCCUUGCACCCCACCCCCACCCCAUCCCCCAUCCCUGGCCUCGAGCCCAACUGCAGCCCGCUGCCUGCCCUUCACUGGCUCUCUGUUCCCUUCCCAAGGGCUUCCCUAGUCUGAUACGGCACACAACCCACCAGUACCCCAGUGAGGAGCAGACCUUCUGGCCUCUCCGUCUACCCCAGUACAUUCUUCUGCUACUUCUCCCAGGCCCUCUGCCCGUGAGAUGAGAGCUGGCAUGAGGGUUGUGUCAGCAGCUGUGGCCAGAGGGAAGCUGUUGACUUUGAGGGACCUUGUGCUCCAUACUGGAAGGAGGUGGGGUCACAGUGAAUUUCCCAUCCCCUCUUGACCAGGGAUAGAGGGCUGGGACUCUUCUCCAUGAGGGAGUAUGCAUGGGAGUUCUAAGGAGGAUGCAAUCUAUCCACACGCUGGGGUGGAGUGGUAUCUCUGUGCCUGGAAAUUGGGACCCCUGCCCUCAACCAUUAGCUCUUGAUCCUGAGGCUCCAGCUCUGGGGCCUCAUAUAUGGGCUCCCAAGGAAUUGCUGUGCUUGGCUUAGCACCCUGGGUCCUUCCUGAGAGCCCCUCCUUGAGGCCUGGGAUGUGUGUGUCUGGAGCUAGCCUGCUUCCCUUGAAAUGCAAUAAAGGCAGCAACUCUGUAUCCUGCUCACCCUCA